UAGAGAUUGAUACAGAGUAUACACAGGCACUCGACGUUUUAAAUAUCUAUCAUAAAAAAAAAUGUCAUCCUGUAAACAUAAUAUCAUGUUUACAGGAAGACAAUUUUUUUGAAUUAUAGAUUUAUAUUUUUAAAAACGUCGACUGCCUGUGAGAGUAUAGACGAGUUCUCCCGAUUGGGACGAGUUAACCUGGGGCGAGUUGUGUAGGGAGCGAGUUCCUAAGAGCCGAUUCGACUGUAAAUAAUGGCAGCGAAUGCAGCAAAGGCACUGCGUUUUGGAUCACGAUUGAAGGAGUUGAGGAUUCAUUUAUGCCAGAAGACGCCUGCCAGCCAGGGUGUCAGGGAGUUUAUAGAAAGCCAUUAUGUACCCAUAAAGCAGAGUAACCCAAACUUUCCAAUAUUAAUACGAGAGUGCAGUGAUAUUCAACCGAGAGUUUUUGCUAGAUAUGAGUUUGGACAGGAAAGCAGUUCAUCUCUUAGUAACCUGAGCAGUGAAGAAGUUAUGAAAGUGGUGUCAAAAAUGGCAACAGCAUGAAAAACACUAUAUAUUUAAUUCCUUGUUUAUGAAUUUUGUUUAAUAAAUUGUGACAACAGA